AUGGCGGCGUGGAGCCCGGCCGCGGCAGCGCCUCUGCUCCGCCGGAUCCGCGGGCUUCCUCUUCGCUGCACCCGGCGGAUGUUCGCCUCGCAGACCGAGGGGGAGCUCAAAGUAACCCAGAUCCUCAAAGAAAGCUUCCCUCGAGCUACCACCAUCAAAGUGACUGACAUUUCAGGAGGCUGUGGGGCGAUGUAUGAAAUCCAGAUCGAGUCAGAAGAAUUUAAGGAGAAGAGGACUGUCCAGCAGCACCAGAUGGUAAAUCAGGCCCUAAAGGAAGAAAUCAAAGGAAUGCACGGAUUGCGGAUAUUUACCUCUGUCCCCAAACACUGA